GUAGUUAUUCGUGUGUAAACAUUUGAGUUGCUAGCAGUCUUUCUAAUCUCUUAGCUGGCUAAUUAUUCACACAGUUUGUAGAUACACAAUUGGAACAACAUUUUAUUUCUUGCACGUUUUAAGGUUAGAUUUGUAUUUGCACGUCGUAGUUUUUGUUGCACUUUACUACAACGAUAUUCGUUUAGGCUUGCUAGCUUUUUGUUCUGCUAUUGUAGCUAGCCAGUUUAGCGACUAAAGAUAGUUAACGUCAAUCCGAUUCUCGUCAUCUCUUCUGAUUACGUGAUUGUUGUCCUUCAAUAGAUCAUAAAAUCCUGAAAAUAAUAUAUCAUAGUGUCCACUUUCUUUGAUAUUAUUUCGGUUUGGUCAACCUUUGAAAACCUGAAGUUACGUUAGCCAUUCUUGCCUGCUUCACAGUCAGCGGUCGCCGGUUUUGAGCCCAUUAUGGACCUUCACAAGAUAAUCCACGAUACCCUGCAGGAGUUCAUCCAGACAUGCAUUCCCGAAGCAGACCUGAGUUCCCUGGAUGAUGUGUUGCUUCCCUACAUCACUGGAGUCCUGGAGGAUCUGGGAUCUCAGGAGAGCGUGGAGGAGAACUUUGACGUGGAGGUCUUUGUAGAAAUGCUGGAGGCCUACAUUCCUGGCUUUGCUGAAAUUGACAGUGUUAACGUUUGUGAUAUGAUGUUCAGCCUGGCUUCAAAACUAGCCACAGCCCGGAGUUCAGAAAAUAGUGUGCCAAAGGCUAGAAUGGAGGUCCCACUGACAGUAGGCGCUACCUCCACUGGCUCUCCUGUGAGAGAGAUGCACUGCCUUACUACACAGACUGAGGGGGCCACCGCCAAGGUGCCAUUCUCUGAGUGGGAGGCCCAGGAGCCGCUCCUUCUGGAGAUGUUCCCCAAGUGCAGACUAUCAGAGGCCAGGAGUGCCUUGUCCAUUGCUAAAGGUGACAUGGAGGAGGCUGUCCGCCUCAUCAUCGAAGGAGACAUCCAGCUCAGCCACACACCUCUAAACGUAAACCAUGGGAAGAUGGCUUCCCCUCAGGCAGAGCAGAAGAUGAAAGAGAGCAUCCUGGAGAAGUACAUGCUAGUGGACAGGGAGGAAGAUAAGAAAACACACAGGCCUGUUGCACCUAAAGAUGCCCCUAAAAAACUGGUGCGUUACCACAGCAACCAGGUGGUGACCACAAAAGGGGAGCGGUACCAACUGGUGAAGAAAGAGGAGACGGAGGAGGUGAAGAAGACUUACGUCAGCAUCAAACCCGCACGCAAAUACAGGUUCCAUUGAUGACUGACUGGCACUCUGCGGAACACCCGCCAUUGACUGUGUUGUUUACAUCCUUUCUCAAUGCCUUGUUUUUUUGUUUGCUUGGUUAUGGAACAUGCUUGUUUUUGGUAUGUGUAAGUGUCUGAUUUGAAAAAUGUGUGGCCAUCGUCUUGCUUGGAAUAUAAUUUCUCCUUUGCAGUGA